UGCCUUUAGCCGUGAGGAGGGGGGAGAGGCGAACGCAGCAGCUUCUCCUCACAGACGCCGCUGGAACGUUCGGCUCCAACAUGGCGGCGGCCGUCGUGAGUGGGGCUGAGGAGGAGGAGGAGGCGGCGGCGAGGAAGGAGAAGGCGGCUGCAGGAGGAGAAGGAGCGGGGACUACAGCGGGGGGAGGCGGCGACAGCGACGAAGAUGAUGAGGACGUCUAUGAGGUGGAGAAGAUCCUCGACGUGAAAACCGAAGACGGUAAAAUACUAUACAAAGUACGGUGGAAAGGAUAUUCCCCAGAUGAUGAUACAUGGGAACCUGAAGAACAUUUAGAAGACUGUAGAGAAGUGCUGCUUGAGUUCCGAAAGAAAAUAGUGGAUUCUAAGCCUAAACCUGUUAAAAAAGAGAUACAGAAGCUGCCUUUAAAUGAUGAUCUUUUUGAAGCAGAUUCUGAAGCAGACAGUGACUGGCAAAGUGAUACAAAAGGAGACAUGUCUCCAAAGAAGAAAAAGAAAAAAUACAAAGAGAAGGAGGACAAAAGCCAAGAUGAAAUGCAAAAGAAAAAGUCUAAAUCAGCAAAAGGUAAAGAAAAACCUGCACUAGAAUGUGAGAAUUCCUCUGAUAGUUUGGCUUCAGAUUCAAAACCAAAGAAAAGGACUUCAGAUUCAAAGGAAGAUACAAAAGAUUCCAAAAAGCAGAGGAGAGAAGAUCUAAAAGACACCAGUAAAAAAAAGGGAGAAAUCAAAGAUGGAAAGAAAAAAAUGAAAGAGGAGCCUAAAGAGAAUAAAUCUUUGCAAAAGGGAAAAUUCAGUAGGCAACAGUUGGAUGCUGAAUCUAGCAUGCUGGAUGAUUUAUUUUCUGAAGUUGCAGAUUUCAAAACUCCAGAUUUCGAUUCAGACAGCAGUGGGGAGAAACAGAAGACAUCUGCUGGGAAAGACCCCUUGGAAGAAGAAAAUGUGCCCAGGGUUUCAGCUUGGCAGCUAGACAGUUCAGCAAGCUCAGAUGAUAGUUCUGAAGUAAGGGUUAGGAGGAAAAAGAAGAAACACCUAAAGUCUGAAGAACUUGAGGACAGUAGAAAAGUGGACAAGAAUUUGGAGAGAAAAAAUGCACACAAAAAGCAGAAGAUGGCAGAUAAAGUAAAAGCUGAGGCUGACAAUAAGAGGCCAGCUACCCCUUCUCCCUUGCAGAAAGGUGUGAAACUGUCUGCUGAUGAACGAGGACGCAAGUCCACUGAUUCAGCAGGGGAAGUAAGCAAUAAUUCAAAAUUGAAAAUCAAAGAGACUAAGUCAAGCCCUUCCUAUGCCAAGGAUGUUUCUCUAAAGUCAACUGCUGUUGAAAGCAAAGAGAAGAAUGUAAAUACGAGAGCAGAUGAGGAGAAGGUGAAAGAGAGGUCUUUUCAGCAUUCCAUAGGUGAGAAUGUGUUUGAAAAAUUUAUCCUGGAUUCUGAAUACAGUAAAGGAGGGAAUACAGACAGCAAGAAGAAUAUCUUUAAAAGUGAGCCGAAUACUGAUGACAUCCCAAAGGAAAGAAGCACUUUAUCUAAGGAAAAAGAAGCCAAAAAAGGUGAAUCAAAAGAGAAGCUUCUGAAAAGGCUUGUCUCUGAAAAGGAGGAAAAAGGCAAAAAAGAUGUGAAGGGAUUGAAAAGUUUGAAAGAGGUCAAGAGUGCACUUGGUGGGUUUAGCAUUUCUUCAGAAGAAAAAAAUGAAUACUUGGAGAACCGGAAAAGAGAAGAAUCGGGGCAGGACUACAGAUCUUCAGAGGCAUUCAAAUCAAAAGACAAACAACCGCACAGCAGAAGCACAAGGGAUGAGACAGAUACCUGGGCUUAUAUUGCAGCAGAGGGGGACCAAGAUGUCACUGAGGACAAUUCUGAUGCAAAGCAGCAAACUGUGAAUUUGGGCAUGGACAUGCAGUUAGAGCGGCUGACGCUGGAGGACUUUCAAAAGCAUCUUGAUGGAGAAGAUGAGAAUGACUCGGCAGCUGAAGCAAUAUCACCUGCUCAGCUGCGUGAUGCUGUUAAAAAUGGACAGUAUGCUGUGGUGAAAAUGGCACUUAAUUCAAAUGAAGAAUAUAAUCUUGAUCAGGAGGAUGCUAGUGGAAUGACUCUUGUGAUGCUCGCUGCUGCAGGAGGUCAUGAUGACAUCAUCCGUCUUCUCAUCAGGAAAGGAGCAAAAGUUAAUUGUAAACAAAAAAAUGGAACAACUGCAUUGAUUUUAGCAGCUGAAAAGAACAACCUAACUACUGCAGCCAUCCUUCUGGAAGCUGGAGCAUAUGUAAAUUUGCAGCAAAAUAAUGGUGAAACAGCUUUAAUGAAGGCUUGCAGGAGAGGGAACUACGAUCUUGUGCGUCUCAUGAUUGAAAGUGGAGCAGACUGCAACAUUUCAUCAAAACAUCAGACCAGUGCCCUUCAUUUUGCCAAACAGUAUAAUAACUUACAAGUACAAGAACUCCUCACAAGUCACCUGGCUACACUCUCGCGAGUGGCAGAAGACACAAUCAAGGAAUACUUUGAAGCCCGUCUUAUUUUGAUGGAACCUGUGCUUGAUAUUGCGUGUCAUCGGCUUUGUGAGGGACCAGAUUAUUCUUCAGAGUUCACCUAUAAACCCCCACAGACUGUGCCUGAAGGUUCUGGCAUUCUUUUAUUUAUUUUCCAUGCAAACUUCUGCGGUAAUGUUGUUGCUGCUCGGCUCUGUGGACCAUGUGGUGUACAAGCUGUGGUUCUGAAUGAUAAAUUCCAGUUCCCUGUCUUUUUGCCCCACAGAGCUUUUCAUCCUUCGUGGAAUGAGCAAUUCUCUUCGCGGAUGUUCCAGGACAGUCACUUCAUUUACUCCUUCAGUCCUAUUCCAGGCCUUAACAAACUCUUCAUACGAUUGGUGGAAGCUCCUACUGCCAAGGUGAAGCUGCUGAUAGGUGCAUACAGAGUGCAGCUGCCAUAAGCUAAUGAACUUCAUGCUGUUGAUGCAGUUAUUUUCUUGGAAGUAUUUGUUUACUUCUUCCUUUUUGACUGAUCAAGCAGUUUGGGAACUCCUGGUGCAGUCAGGACUCUGACAAUUGGUUCAAUCCGUUUCUUUUUUACCUGGUCUCUAUUUUACUUGUGAAUUCUUAUGCAGGUUAGCAGCCAUGUGCUGCUUAAGAAAGUGGACAAGAUGGUUUUAUUUUGUUUGUAUAUAGGUAUUUGUGCCAAUGAUUGUAAUUCUACAUUUCAAAGUUCAGACUGCAUAUUUCAGCAUUUGCACAGUGUGAAGUGGUGCAAAACCCUUAAAAUGAUGAAGACUCUUUUAAAAGUCUGGUUCUUGAUUGUAGAUGCUAAAUUUUGUCCUACUUCAGUGUUUGUAUUUAAGCUAACGCUUUUUUAAAGCAGGCAGAGCUAUAUUUGCUAUUGCAGUUUAAAUACAGGAAUAUAGAUAGGCUUUUGCCUUAAUAAAAGAUUGUGGCUUAUCAAUGGCGGUGGUUGUGGUUAAGCCUGGGAAAAAAACCCUGUAAUUGUACUUCUUUCCAUAACUAAACUUUUAACAGAUACUUUCAAAUUGGUUUUUUUAAGACAGACCAUAUUUAUAGACUUAUUCUAUCUCCUCACUCCCUAAAGGAUUCAUCUGGUGUCCUAAUAAAUGGACACAAUUUUAUUGGCUAGCAGCAUUUCUGUACAAAUGAAAUGUAAGCUGUAUGAAUUAUAAAACUUCUUUGUAAGAUGAAACAUUGUUAAAAGAUAAAACUUCAUAUUGAAACUCUCUCUACUGUAUAUCAAGCAAUGUGUCAGUGAAAAUGUAGAAAAACUAUAGGAAGUAGUGCAACUUUUAAAUGAGAAAUGAAAUUUGUGUGAAAUAUGUAAGUCCCAAAAGGUAGCUUCAAUCUGGCAUAUGUUGUGGUACAUAAAACUUGGGUUUUCCCAUAUUUGUUCAAAGCAUAACCAUCUAUAAAUAUUUUGUCCGAAGGAAA